UUGAAGAGAACAAAUUGUUAUAGAAACCCCCAUCAGCAGGCAGGCAAGUAGGAGGGAUCAGCAGGCAGAAGCAGGCGGAACCCUAAACAAUCCCCCUGUUCCCCCAACUGCAGUUCCCACACUCUGUCCCGCUGAACAGAAACCACACUCAGUUUGAACAGCUUCAACCCAGAGGAACAUCUGACGCUAUUUGCUACUUUUCCUGGAGUGAGAUAGUUUGAACACGAUCGAAGACCAAAGAAAGAAGGCUUUUGGAUUGAACUAACAUGGCAUCUCUGAAAACUGUGCUUUAUCUGGGAGUCUGUAUGAUUACUUGGAUCGCCACUACUGCAGACGACAACUUCGUGCCCAAAGCAGUUCACUGGAUGUCUCUGGACUUUAAAACCAUCCUCACCUGGACUACCACUGCACCUAACUGCACAUACACUGUCCUGUACUCGUGGGAUGAUGGUGACUGGAUGGAUUGUCAUGACUGCAACGAAGUGUCAGAAUCAGAAUGUGAUCUGACCAAUUACCUCAUACCCUAUGACAGGACCUACUCUGCUGACAUCAAAGCAAGACAUGUAACAAUGGACCAUAUCGAUGACCUUGGGGACUUACCUCACACUUUUUCCCGGCAAUUCAACCCCUAUAAGGAAAGUAACAUCAGUGCUGUGGAAUUCACUGUGGAGGCUGUAGAUGAGAGCAAAGUAACUGUCAACAUCACAAACCCUCUGACCAGUAUCCAUAAGCAUGGGAAGCAGCUCAGCAUCAGAGACAUUCUCAAAAAUGACCUUCAGUACAAGAUCAGCUACCACAAGUCUGGAAGUACAGGCAAGAAAGAGAUUAUAUCGGAGUCCAGUAUGGCAGAGGUGUCAGAGCUGGAUGCCGGACAGAGUUACUGCUUCAUGGUAGCAGCUUACAUUCCAUCCAGACCCAAAACCACCCAGCAGGGAGCCUGGAGCAAACAGUACUGUACACGUGGACACCCAGCACACGAGCUGAGUCUUGGAGCAUGGGUUGGUACAGUCUUCAUCCUGCUCACAGUCCUCAUCAUCAUUGUCACAGUGACAGUCCUCUGCUGCAGAUGCUGCCAGCAAAGAAGCAAAAUCCUCCACACAUCUCAGUCAUCAGCACCUGUUUAGUGUGUGUGUGUGUAUGACUGUAUGUGUGUGCAAGGUGUGGUGUGAUUUGUUGUUGUGGUGGGGUACUUGUCUAUCAAACACAGGGAGCUGGUCUCCUUUCAGUUUUCUAUCUUCUCCCUUUUUGCUCCUUUUUUGUUUAACAUUGCUAUACUGUUUGUAGUUUACUGUAGUAAAUUUCAAAAUUUAUUACGAAAGAGGACAUAUGCAGAUUGCUAUUGUUAGUACUCAUGUAAGGAAUCAUCUCAAAUUAUCAUAUGCGAACCACACAAACAAUUUCAACUCAAGAAUUGUGUCAGAAGGUAAUUAAGAAGAUUAGAUUGCAGACUAAAUGUAUAACAUUGCCUCACAGGAUUAUCCCCAAAUCUUACUUAUCUUCUUCUUUUAACCCAGUAUGGCUGUCCAAUUAACCUAAUUUACCUCUACCAAAUGUUUUUCAUAAUUUUAUAUUAUGUCAACUCAGCCUUCCCCUCUGCUCUGUCAGGGUUAAAUAAAAAUAACCAUUAUAAACAGAGCAAUGAAGCUCGUAAGUGGCGUCUGGUGCCCUGUGAAAUUACAUCAGCAAACUCAUCUCCUCAUCUAAUCUCCUCUACAAAUCCAUAUUCCACUAUGAAUUUAUUUUCAGAACUGAUUCAGAUUCAUUAUUCUUUUAUUUUUGUGAUAUAGCUUUUUUUGAUCAAAAGGAUGGAAAAGUAAAAGUAAAGUAAAACACAAAAAAUGUUUAGGAUCUCCAGAUCCUGUUAUUUUCCCUAACUCUCUUUUUAAUCAUGUUCAACAGUAAUGGUUAACAAUUUGCAUAAUUCACCAGCAACAGCAGGCAGCUGUUUCCAGAGAAAAAGUAAAAAGUCACUGUCCACUACCUGUUAAGCAGCAAACAGCAGACAGAGAUAAUCAGAGACUAGCAGUGGAGCAUUUGCCAGCUGGAGAGUCAUAUAAUUCCCUUAGAAGUUGUGAGACUCUAAAAACACAGCAAAAAGAGAGGGAAUAUUGGACUGAGAUUCAUCAGGUGAGACAAACAACACUCCAAAUGAGCGACUGUGUAGCUCUGUAACUGGAAAUAGCCAACUGUAAGCUAACAGCUUUUCUAUAGCCACAAGCUAAUAAGUCAAUGUGUUGUUUCAGGUGUUGUACUGCCCUCAAGUGGCUAAAACACUAUUAGAGCUAUAAGCUUUAAGCGACCCAUUAUGUUUCCUCUACAAAUUUGAUGGCUUGUUGAUUUGAGAAUGGGAGAUUAUUAUGUUGCUGCUUCACUGACAAAAUUUGAUGGUGAGAAUGGUGAAAAUUCCUCUGUCCUGUGUUAGCAUAAGCAGCAUAUACACUGACAUAAAUCAAAAAGAAGUAGAAGUGAGAGGAAGUAGAAAACUUGUAUAGGUGUGGCCUCUUAAAAACAAAGUAGACCACAUGAUGGCUUUACAGAGGAGAUUUAUUUCUUGAUUUUUCAAACACAGAACAUCACAUUUAGACAACAACAAACAUACACAUUAAUGUAUUAUCAUCAUAUUGUUUUUCAUCGUUUUAAAUGUAAUUUCACUCAACCAUUACUUUUAAAGUGCAUACAUCUGUAUCAUAGAAACCACACACACAGCAAAAAAUGAAAAGCUCCAGAUGCAACUUUACCUUCUGUCUUUUUCUGAACAGCUGGACUGCUUUCAAUAAUAUUCUUAUCAUGUCCACGUCUUAAUCAUGUAACAGAUAUUACAACCAGUAAGUAAAGAAAUACAAAAUGAAUAAAUGAAUAUGUUGGCUAUCACAAAUAAACAAGUGAAAUAACUGCCAUAAUAAAA